AUGAUAUCCCCAGCCCAGCUCACCCUGUUGGCCGUUGCUGCCGCGGCAGUCUACCCCGUCGUGGGCCACGCCGCCGGUCUGAGGCGCAGAAGCUCCAGCGGGACGGCCGUGAACAGCACGACGUGCAACGGGAAGCAGUACUCUUACAACGAGCUCGCGGGCUACGGUCUCAUCCCCGGUAAUGCGAGGGACAAAUUUGGUGACACUAUCGGAGGCAUCGGCAGCGCGAUCGCCUUGGAUCAAAGCUCUUGGAAGAAGAGCGAGGAUGGUCUGAGUUAUGAGGGAUUGUUGUGGGCUUUGCCCGAUAGGGGUUGGAACACGCAGGGCACACUCAUCCCACAACCCAAUGCCACCGCCGACAGCCCAGCAUCGCCCAACCUCGAGUUUGAGUACGUCGACACGAUACUCUUCAGCGGGCCCGACGGGCAGCCAACAACCGGCCUAGAUGCAGACGGAUCAGGCGGCCUAGAAUACGAAGGAUUUCAACUGCUACCCGCCGCAACAUAUACCGGCGACGGCUUCGGGGCUGAUACCACCAACGGCAGCACCUCCAAGCACAUCGCUGUGGACAGCGAGGGCUUGGUGAUCAACGAUGACGGGAGCUUUUGGGUCGGCGACGAGUAUGGUCCAUACGUCUGGCUUUUUGACUCCAACGGGACGAUCAUCUCGGCCAUCCGGCCUCCAGAGGCCAUCAUACCGAAGAGGAACGGCUCUGACUCCUUCUCGGCCGACUCGCCGCGUGCGUAUGUGGACGAUGGCUCUGGAGACGACGUGUCACCCGCAGACAAUCCCACCGGGAGGAACAACAAUCAUGGCUUUGAAGGGCUGUCCGCAUCUGCUGACGGCAAGACGCUCUACCUCCUAUUGCAGGCCGCGACCAACCAGGAAGGUGGACUAACCUCCCAAACCGAGCGAUACACUCGCUUCCUCACCUACGACGUCUCGGAUAGAUUGGCUCCAGUCUACCUCUCUGAGCACGUUGUGCCUCUCCCUCUAUACAACGACUACACUGCAAAAGCCUCGAAGAACCCCAAGGUUGCUGCGCAGUCCGAGCUGCACGCGCUUCCCAACGGCCAGUUUCUGGUCCUGGCGAGAGACAGCGGCUUCGGCCACGGCCAAGACGAGUCGCUGUCCGUGUAUCGACACAUCGACGUAUUCGACGUUGCGAACGCCACGGAUAUCAGGGGCAGUGAGUACGACUGCGAAACCUGUGCGGUCGCAAGCGCCAAGGGUGUCCUGGACAAGGCGAUCAGCCCGGCCACGUAUUGCUCCUUCCUGGACUUCAACGUGAACAGCGAGCUGGGCAAAUUCGGCGCCCACAACGGUGGCGAUCAGGAUAGUGGGCUGCUUAAUGAGAAGUGGGAGUCUAUAGCACUGGCACCGGUUGACCCUGAGAAUCCCGGGGAGGACUACUUCGUGAUCAGCCUCAGCGACAACGAUUUCAUCACCCAGGAUGGCUACCUGAACUUUGGGCAGUAUCAAUACGCUGACAAUAGCGGCUUCAACCUGGACAACCAGGCACUGGUCUUCAGGGUGUCUUUACCGUCCUAG